AUGGCUACUGGCGGGAAAGUUGCCUCUGAAGGUGACAGUGGAGCCACUUCGACACGGUACAAGGUUGUCCUCGACCCAAUUCAUGGACACAUUGAGCUUCAUCCAUUGUGCGUGAAGGCGAUCGACACUCCAGAGUUCCAGCGAUUACGGGACAUCAAACAACUUGGAGGAUGUUACUUUGUGUACCCAGGAGCAGCACACAACAGAUUUGAGCACAGCACUGGAACAUGCUUCCUGGCGGGCGAGCUGGCCAGGGCUCUUCAGCAAAAGCAAAAAGAACGGCUUAUAGAACCCAAGGAUAUUCUUUGUGUAGAAAUAGCUGGGCUGUGUCAUGAUCUAGGGCACGGGCCUUUCUCUCACUUGUUUAAUCAGUCGUUCAUACCGAGAGUGCAUGAGAAGAGAGGGCUAAAUCGAAAAUGUAAACACGAGGAUGCCUCAAAGGAGAUGUUUGAUCAUCUUAUAAAAAACAAUGACUUGAUGGACGAGUUCAGAAAACAUCGCCUGCAGGAGAGGGACAUUUCGUUUAUUAAAGAGCUUAUUGAUGGGAAGUGUGGAAAGAAACAUUGUUUUAUUCUACAUGGACAGAUUGUGGCUAACAAGCGCAAUGGCAUUGACGUGGAUAAGUGGGAUUACUUCGCUCGAGACUGUCACGGCCUGGGCAUUCGUAACAAUUUUGAUAAUGGACGACUGAUCAAGUUUGCAAGAGUCAUUGACGUGGGCGAAGAGCGGCAGAUAUGCUACAAAAAGGAGGAGGCAGCAAAUUUGUUCGAAAUGUUCCACACUCGCAUGCAUCUGCACCGGAGAGCUUAUCAACACCGCGUCACUAAACUGAUAGAGGAAAUGAUAACAGAUGCAUUGGUUUUGGCCGAUGGCCACAUCGAAAUACCCGGAGAAAGUGGAUCGGUGAAAAUGUCAGAAGCUUUACACGACAUGGAAGCUUAUAGCAAACUGACAGACUGUAUUCUCCAGCAAAUCCAGAUUAGUGAUCUUUGUGGGUUGGAACCAUCCCAAAAUAUUUUGAAAAGGAUCCAGAAAAGAGAGCUGUACAAAUUUGUGGGAGAGUUUCGGCCUCAAGGUGAACAACGGAUCAAACCGCUUCCUCCAGUUAUUUUCCAGUCAUCAACUUCCUCCUGUUAUUAUCUGGUCAUCCACUUCCUCCAGUUAUUAUCCGGUCAUCAACUUUCUCCAUUGAUUAUCCCGUCAUCAGCUUUCUCCAGUUAUUAUACGGUCAUCAGCUACCCCCAGUUUUUAUCCCAGGAUCAGCUAUCUCCAGUUAUUAUCCCAUGA